AAAGGAGAAGAAAAAGAGAUGAAAAUAUUAGCAUAUAGAGAAAAUAGAAAAUAGAAUUAUAGUUGAAAAAAAAAGAGAAAAUAGAAUUAUAGAUUUGACCAAAAAAAAUAGAAUUAUAGGAAAUGGUAAGAUGAGACCACAAGCUAUAAUUGAUGCAAUCUUGUAAUCUUUAAGCUUAAUAAAAUUUCAGAUGACCAAAAAACACACACGCUAUACACACGGAGUUAUAGAGAAAAUAGAAAGAGUAAUUAAGCACAUUCUUCAGCAUUAAGCCAUUAACCUCUCUCCUCUUAGUGUCAUCCAACCUCAUAUACUACUGAUCUCCAUUUCCAGAUCCUUAGAAGAACACAGCUCAACAAAAAGUACUUUAAAAGACUGUCUUCUCCUUUUUUGUUCUUCAUUCUUUCACUCUCUAUCUCUAUAUAUUUCACACUAUAUAACCCACGCACACACAUUCUUUCGCUUCUCUCUAGUUCACACAUCAAGAUUCAAGAAUCAAACCACCAUUGAAAUGAAUACUGAGGAAGAGGAAGGAGUGAAUAAGAGGAAGAGAGGAGAGAUGGGAAGAGGGAAGAUCGAGAUAAAGAGGAUAGAGAAUCGGACAUCAAGACAAGUGACCUUCUCCAAGAGAAGAAGUGGUCUUAUCAAGAAGACUCAUGAGCUCUCUGUUCUCUGCGAUGCUCACAUCGGUCUCAUCGUCUUCUCCGCAACCGGAAAGCUCACCGAGUACUGCUCCGACCCUUCCAAGAUGCCUCAGCUCAUUGAGAGAUACCUGCAGACCAACGGAUUGCGACUUCCUGACCCUAAUGACGGCCAGGAGGAACUGUACCAGGAGAUUGAAGUACUAAGAAGAGAGACAUGUAAGCUUGAGCUCCGUCUGCGUCCAUACCAUGGACAUGACUUAGCCUCCAUUCCUCCACACGAGCUCGAUGCACUAGAGCAGCAGCUCGAGCAUUCUGUCCUUAAAGUCCGCGAGCGUAAGCAACAGUUGGAGAAUCUAAGCAGAAAGAGGCGGAUGCUAGAAGACGAUAACAAAAAUAUGUACCGUUGGCUUCAUGAGCACCGUACCGCGAUGGAGUUUCAGCAAGCUGGGAUAGAGACCAAACCAGGGGAGUAUCAACAGUUUCUAGAGCAGGUUCAGUACUAUAACGAUCAUCAUCAGCAGCAGCAACAACAACCAAACAGUGUUCUUCAGCUUGCUACGCUUCCUUCGGAGAUUGAUCCUAAUUACCAUCUCCAGCUUGCUCAGCCUAAUCUUCAAAACGAUAAUUAAUCCUCGGCCAUUUUUACUCUUACUAUCAGGAGACAAAUGAAUGAAUGAAGUAUCAUUUCUAUCUUUAUUACCUAUUUUAAUUGGCCAGUUGAUGUCUUAUUUUGUGUUUGUUUGGUGUGGUUAUGGAACCUUUGUUUGAAGUACAAUUCACAUGAGAAGCACAAUGAAACUUUAAUUAUAUAAUCAAUCAUCAUUACAUUAUAUUUUUUUUGGUAA